AUGGCCCCCUCAUUUCUUACAAAUUCGGGUGCAUCUGAAGCCCUCACAAAUGCCAAUACCAUGUCGGGUGCCAGUGUAGAUGAAAUUGUCGAGACGGAAUUCCUGAUUGCCGGUGCAGGUCCAGCAGGAGCUGCUUUGGCCUGUUUUCUCACUUCAUACGGACUCAAAGGCAUCAUGGUCAGUGCGGCGCCUGGCACGGCCAACACGCCGCGAGCACACAUCACCAACAUGGCUGCUCUUGGCCUUGACCGUGAGAUGCUGAAGGUCGCUUGCGAUGGAGAACAACAUAUGGUCCACACGCGAUGGUGUCACAGCAUGGCGGGCGAAGAGUACGCGCGGAUCUACUCGUGGGGAAACGACCCGAGAAGAAAGGGAGACUAUGAAAGAGCCAGUCCAUGCUCCCCCGUCGAUCUGCCCCAGACGCUGCUGGAGCCAAUCCUCGUCCGUCACGCAACAUGGCACGGAUUCACCACCAGAUUCGACACCACGCUGCUGUCCUUUGUGCGCGACGAGAAACAGCGCAUCACUGCAACAGUCCGCGACAAUCUCUCGCGCAGAGAGUACCAGAUUCGGACGAGAUACCUGUUUGGUGCUGACGGAGCGCGAAGUCAGAUUGUGAAGCAACUGGACCUACCGCUGGCCGUCAAACCAGGCCAGGGACUUGCGAUCAACGUGCUAGUAAGAGCAGAUCUCUCCCACCUAGUCGCUCACCGAAAGGGGAAUCUGCACUGGGUCAUGCAGCCGGAUCGCGACCAUCCCAGCUUCGGCUGGAUGGCCAUCAUCCGCAUGGUCAAGCCAUGGGACGAGUGGAUGUUCAUCCUCUUCCCGACCCGAGACUAUGAUCCUGCGAGUGCGAACCCGUCCAAGGAGGAGUACCUGCAGCGAGUUAGGCAGCUGAUCGGGGACGAGACACCGGCCGAGAUCCUGAACAUCUCGAAGUGGUAUAUCAACGAGAUUGUGGCGGAGACAUACUCGGACGGCAACAACGUCUUUUGCCUGGGCGACGCAGUGCAUCGGCAUCCGCCGUUGAACGGCCUUGGAUCCAACACUUGUAUCCAAGAUGCCUUCAAUCUCGCCUGGAAGGUUGCAUACGUCCACCGCGGCAUUGCAGGAGCCCAAUUGCUGUCGACAUACUCCGCCGAGCGGCAGCCCGUCGGCCACGGGAUCGUGACGCGCGCCAACCAGGCGUUCAGGGACCAUCAGCAGAUCUGGGCGGCGCUCGGAAUGCUCGGCGCAUCGCUCGAGGAGCGACAGCGUGCGCUUCAAGAGCUGGCCGAGCCCACGAUCGCUGGGCGCGAGCGGCGUCAAACCCUCCAGAAGGCUGUUGCGCAUACUGCACACGAGUUUCACGGCUUAGGCGUCGAGAUGAACCAGCGAUACGAGGGUCCAGGAAUCUACGACGCAGACGAGGCCGAUCCCUUUGCACUCCCUGGCCGGGCGGCCGAGGAUCCCGUCUUGUACUAUGAGCCGAAUACCUAUCCCGGCUGCCGGCUGCCGCAUGGCACGGCGCUUUCACACUAUUCACCGGUAUUGGAGGUGAGCCGUGGAAACAGGCGGCGGAGAGCUUAG